CCCCGCUACAAACCGAACUUAUACCGUCCGUUCUUCUUGUUCCAAGGAUCCCCAACAUCCCUGGGCGUCUCGACAGCAGUACCUUCAGCACUUGGCCAUGAAGCCGUCGUACGCUCCGCUUGGCCGGCACGAGGCCGCGCGCCCGCAGUACGAGAGCGUCGACUUUGUCCCGUACGACUCGCCGGGCCAUUUGCACUCGCCUGCGUGCUACAGCGAUGGCAACUGCCAGGAGUGCCAGCUGCAGCAGUACCCGCGGCCCACAACGGCCACGUCGCUCAUUUCGUCGUUCCUUGGCCACGAGACGACGAGCGCGUUCCUGAAGUGGUGCCUCAGCUUUGUCAUUGGCGUCAUCACGGCCUACAUUGCCAUCUUCAUCUCGACCGGGACAGGCUCGAUCGUCAACUGGAAGUACACGCAGCUGAAAGGCGUCCUCGAGCACGAAAAGAGUGGGCUAACAUAUACCGGCGCCGGGCUCCUCUUCCUCGUCCUCUUCAAUGCGAUGCUCGUGGGUGUUGCGAGCACGGUCAUUCUGUACUUUGCGCCGUCCGCCGCCGGGUCGGGCAUCCCUGAAACCAAGAGCACGCUCAACGGCGUCCUCGUCAAAGCGUGGAUGAGCCCAUCGACGCUCAUCUGCAAGACCAUGGGCAUCAUGAUGUCGGUGGGCGGCGGGCUACCGGUCGGCCGCGAAGGACCGCUCAUUCACAUUGGUGCGAUCGUGGCCUCGACGUUGACGUCCAAGCGCACGUACCAGUGCUGGCAGUCGGCGCGGAUAACGCUGCUUCGUGAAAAGGACGUCCGGGACCUCGUCACGUGCGGUGCAGCGGCGGGCGUCGCGGCUGCAUUUGGAGCGCCCAUCGGUGGCGUUCUCUUUGCCCUAGAAGAAGGCGCGUCGUUCCUCUCGCCCAAGCUCAUUUGGCGCGCGUUCUUUUGCGCGAUGACGGCCGCCUUUGUCGGGUUUGGCACCAACGUCUUUGUCGGCGGCUCGUUCAACGAGGAGGCGAAGAAGUCGGUUCUCUUUUCGUUUGGCAAGAUGUCGGACCCAAGUGUCGACCGCGCCGCGUACGUGCCGUACGAGCUUCUCGUGUUUGUGGGCAUGGGCAUUGCCGGUGGAAUCUGCGGCGCCAUCUACACGCACCUCAACAACCUCCUCAUGUUUCGCUGGAACUUGAAGAGUCUCAAGGCGCCUCUCAAGGUGCUGCACGUCGUGAGCCUCGGCGUUGGUGUCUCGUUCCUCUGGUUUGGCCUCGCCUUUGGCCUCGGGUCGUGCAAACCACUGCCGACGCCAAUCGCGACAGCCCCCGAGAAGCUCGAGCUGCGGUCCGAGCUGGUGCAGUUUUACUGUGGUCCAAACCAGUACAACGAUCUUGCGAGUCUCUUCUUGACGUCGCCCGACACGGCGCUCAAGCAGCUCUUGCAUUUUGGCGAAGUGGCGACCGCACCGUCCGACUUUACCGCGGCGUCGCUGCUGGCCUACGGCCUUUGCUACUUUCUCGGCUCGGCACUGACGUUUGGGAGUGCCAUCUCGGGCGGGGUCUUCAUCCCGUGCAUCCUCAGCGGCGCGGCGCUCGGACGUCUUUUUGGUGGCCUCAUGCAAACCGAUGCCGUCAACUACAUGCAUUUAAGUACCUACUCGCUCGUGGGUGCGGCGGCGAUGCUUGGCGGCGUGACGCGCAUGACGAUCUCGUUGACCAUCAUCCUUUUGGAAGCGACGGGGGAUCUGCAGUACGCACUGCCGCUCAUGAUGACGCUCAUGUCGGCGCGCUGGGUCGGCAACUCGCUCAGCACAGGCUUGUACGACUUGCACAUUCACGGGCGAGGCAUCCCGUUCUUGGAUUGGAGUCCGCCGUACGCGUUCGAAACCUUUACCGUGGCCCACGUGAUGAAGGACGAACCUGUCUACCUUUCCAAGCGCGAGACGGUCGGAACGCUCCUCAAGACGCUCAUCGAAUGCACGCACGACCAUGCGUGGGCCGUUGUUGAAGAACCCGGGUCGCUCGUGCUUGUUGGCACAUUGCAACGGUCCACGCUGGGCGCGCUGCUUCUCGACAAGUCGGCGUGGCGGGACGAGCUCUUGCGCGGCUGUUUCGAAGCGGACGACCGAGAAGACUCGAUCGAAGCCGCCGACUUUUCCAAGAACGAUCGCGAGACCAUCAUCAACCUCGAGCGCUACAUCAACCCGUCCCCGUUCUUGAUUCCUGUCGAAGCUUCGGCCGCCCAGGCAUACCGCCUCUUCCGAUCCCUUGGCCUCUCUUCCCUCUGCGUGGUGACCAAGUCGGGCGAGCUUGCAGGCCUUGUGACGCGCGACGAAUUGUAUCAUUUCAGCCGCCAAGAGCAUUAGACGCUCUCUUGAUUAACGCUCAAAACAUCUCCGUUCAACGCCCA